UGGGUGGGCGACCUGCGGGGUGAAGUUGCCCGUUGAAGCACCCAGACAUGGCAGCUGUUGACAGGAACCGGCAGUUGGGUUCUUUUGGGUUUCAUGCUUUGCGGCUACCUGUGAGGAAGCAAAUUUCAAGCACUCUUUGGAUGGAAGUUUUCAAGUGUUACCAAUGUCUGACACUUUGUCCAUGCCGUCAUUUGCUGCAUAUCCAAUGGAUAAGCCCUUCCUCAAUGUUGACUUCAGUCGAUCCCCAGAGAAGCCUGUUAUUGCAUAUCCAGAGAGUAAUAGUAGAGCGGUACUUUCAGCAUUAAGAAAUCUUCAAGAAAAGAUUCGCAAAUUGGAGCUUGAACGAACACAGGCAGAGGAAAACUUGAAACGAAUCUCUAAGGAGACAGCAGAGUAUAAAAAAAUGUUAGAUAAGAGCCAACAAAGAGCUGGUGACACACCAACAGAAGUAGCACAGCAUAAUAGAGCAUUGACGAUUCAAUUGUCAGCAGCUGAGUCUCGUUGUAACGUUCUGGAAAAACAGCUAGAGUACAUGAGAAAAAUGGUUCAUAAUGCUGAAAUGGAACGAGGAGUAAUGUUACAGAAACAGGCAUCCUUAGAAAAGAAGGGCUCUAUGGACCAAACAGAUCUACAAUCAAAGCUUGAAAAACUUGACUUAAUUGAACGAGAGUAUCUCAAACUUACAGCAACACAGACUGCAGCAGAGAAAAAAAUCUGUGAAUUGGAACAAAAGUUACAAGAGGAAGAACAUCAACGAAAACUAAUACAGGAUAAAGCUGCACAGUUGCAGACUGGCCUGGAAAGAAACAGAAUUUUGUUACAAGCAGUAUCACCAGUAGAACCAUCAACACAACCAAGAGCAAAGAAAGUAAAGAACAAGAAACAGCAUCUAGUGAAGAAGCCUUGUACAAUCCAUUCUCAUGCACAACCCCAUUACCGCUUCAAUCUGGGUGAUAUUCCAUUUGUUGCAGGAAAAUCAACUAGUCCAAGUCAUUCAGUCAGUGCUAAUGUUCAGCAUGUGUUGCAUCUGUUGAAGCAACAUAACAAAAUCUUGUGCAAUGACCGAGUGGUCAGUGAGCAGCCAAUGGUCAAAAAAAAAGUCUGUAGAACGGCUAUUUCAAUGACUGAAAGUUCCUCUGGAUCUACUGUAUCUUCCAAUUCCCAUGAGGUACUAUCUGAACUAUUGUUGACAUUACAAGAUGAAUUUGGACAAAUGAGUUUUGAACAUCAGGAAUUAGUUAAACAGAUACAUGAAGCAAAAACAAAUGCAAUGAGAGAUGACUUGGAGCGAGAGUUAGAAACAUUGGUGAAAAGAAUGGAAGCAAAAGGAGAUCAGAUUGCUAAAGUCCGCAAGCAUCAAGCAUCGCUCAAAAAAUUCCAGGACACAAUGAGGAAAAAGCAUUCUGCUAGAGGAAUGACAAGUCAGAGAAAAACACGUGGUGUAAAUGAAGUGCAAGUUACAACAACUGUAACAACUAAAGGAAAAGAUGCUUCCACUAUUAAAGUACGACCAGGGAAUAAAACAAAGGGCAACCUUUGCUUGUUAAGGGAUAUGCAGACUUUACAAACUACCCUCCGAAAAGAUGAUGUAAAUUGGGGUUACUGAAGU